CUAAACUCUAAAAAUGGGAAGCUCCUGUUGCCCUUCAUCCGAUAGCGAAAAUACUGACCAGCCUCCCCCGAACAAGUCUGAAGAACCAAGUCCUGGGCCCUUACAGAAGCCUUCACAAGAAUUUGUUCCUUCCUGCUUUGACUCUUACGGAGAGAUAACUGAUAAGACCGUGUUCGAGGAGGAAGAAAAGGGGAGGAAGAAGGGGUUAUAGGGGAGUGGGGGAACAGAAGAGAAACUUCUAAUAAAGAAUACAAGGAGGAAAAUCAUACAGGCUAUUCAGUUUAUGGAUCUUCAAAACAUUCUUAUUUAAAGAAAUCUAGCAGAACCUUUUAUCCAACUCAAGAUUCCCCUCCUGUUCAAGAUGGCGGCCUAAAUAAAAUUUAUACUCAAUAUGUAAACUAUUUUCUUAAUCAAGGUCUUAGCUUUACAGAUUCUAAGGCUUGGGCAUCGUAUUAUGUGAGUUUACGAAACUAUAAGCAACAACAACCCUUUUCUGAUGAAGAGAAUCAGAGUUCAGAUAGUUUUGAAAUCAAAGAAAUUCUGACUAGAGGGCAUAACAAUACAAAGAAAUAUAAAGGAACUCGUCACAAGAACGAUAAGAGUAGUGGAAACGGAUACUACAACGAAAUUGGGUAUUAUUUCAACCCUGAUGGAACUUUCUAUGAUAAAGAUGGCUUCUUUCACAACACUAAUAAAGAUAACUUAAAGAAUGAAAGCAAGCUUCAAGAAGAAGUAGAUCCAUCCCAGGCUGAUAGUAGUGAUUCCGACUUUGAGAUCUCUUCACUAGGUCCAGAAAUGGGAUAUAAACCUCAAUUUCAGCACAAAAAUCAAUAUGGCUCUGGGAAUCUGAAGGAUAGUGUUGAAAUUCCUAAGAAUACUCAUUCAGAUUCUGACUUGUCAGCCUACAUUGAGUAUGUAACUACGUAUAAGUAUUACGAUGAUUUAGAGUAUUUGUAUAAUACUCGCAAAAACAGUGUUACUUUUGUACUCGAGAACCUGCCUCCUAAACUCUCUAAGGCCUCUCUGGUCAAGUACUUCUACGACCAAGGUGUUGACACAAGAAGGAUCGAAGUUCAAAGAAGAACAGGAACCACAGCUAUAGUCCAAGCCUUUAGCAUCCCAAUAGCUAUCCAAGUACUACAACAAUGUGGAAAUUAUUUGAAAGGCAGAGUGCUACUCAUUGAAAUAGACCAAGAGGACGAAAGAAUGAGACUGGAAAGAUUAAUAGAAGCUCUCUAA